AUGCUUCCGAUCGAAUUAUCUCGGACUUUGAGCCAGCAAUGGCCCUGCCGGGAGCUUCAAAUCAAGCAACUCGUCACUCUUCUCGCUCCCAGAGCCCCUAAUCCUUCUACCGUCGUUGUUCAUGGCAUCUCUGCGACGUGCAAGUCCUCCAUUGUGCGCGGGGUUUUAGACUCCCUCAAAGUCCCCCACGCCAUCGUUCGAAGCACAGAGUGUAUCACCGGUCGCCAUCUAUUGACAAAGAUCCUAUGGGGCGCGUUGGAGGCGCUAGGUCAACAGAGCGAGUGGGAGAAAUAUGGAAAGGGGCGAUGUGAACAUGUCAGCAGCCUUGUCGUGCUUCUAGGCCAGUGUUUGGCGUCAAGGUCGACGAGCAGCGGCGCAGAGAAAUUCGUGUUGGUCUUGGAUGGUAUUGACAAGCAACGCGAGGCUCCUCCGACGCUCCUCGCAGCGCUGGCAAGACUCGGGGAAAUUAUUCCGUCUCUCUGCGUUGUUCUACUCCUCAGCUCUACUCCACGACCCUUGUUUCUACAAGCUGCCGGUGUCCCGCACAUCGGCUUUCCACCGUAUACGCGCAAGGAAGCGAUCACGAUUAUGCUCAAAUCAGGGCCACCAGCGGCCGCCAAUCUCUCCGACGAAACAGCCUCGAGGUUAUAUCCACACUUUGUGUCGGCCAUCUACGAUUCUCUGGUUGGACCAACAGCAGGCUCAAUCCCCAAUUUCCGGUCGAUAUGUGACAAACUCUGGCCGCAAUUCGUAUCCCCCAUCAGCAAUGGUGAAGCGCCGCCUGGGUCCGGCGCCGAAUGGGAUUUCCCUCGGCUCCUGGUCCGCAAUCGAGCUUUGUUCCGACACCACGGCGAAGCUGCUCUUGUCCACCACAUUGUCACAGAAGAAUCUGCGCCGUCUCUCAACAGUUCGGUUGCGAAACCGUCUCUAGCGGCCGUGUCCGCCCCUUCUCCCCUUCCAACUUUGCCAUACUUCGCAACCUUGAUCCUGACCUCCGCCUACCUGGCCUCUCACAUUCCCCAACGACUUGACACCAUCUUUUUCUCCAAAUUCUCCUCCUCCUCGCUCUCCGCGCGCAACAAGCGCGCUCACCACCGAAGGCGUCUAAAGGUCCUAUCCCAGGCCCAGGCCGAAGACGCCCGCGAGGCCAGCCAGGGCCCAGCCACGCCUAGCAAGAAGGGCAAACGAACAAAAACCCGCAUCACCAAGUCCACCCUCGAAUCCGCCUUCGCCACCACAUCCGCAACCACCUCUGCCACCGGCGGAGCUGCCGGUAUCACGGGCCCGUCCACCAUCCUCACGGCACGCCCGUUCCCUCUCGAACGCCUCAUCGCAAUUUAUCAUGCGAUCAACCCGAAUCCGCCCGCCAAUCCCAUCCGGAUGGCCGCCGUCGCCGAUGCCAUAUACUCCGAGCUGGCCACGCUCCGUCGAUUACGACUCGUCGUGCCCGCCUCCGGCCGCGACAGCGGUGGUCGCAUGGGGUUAGGAUCGGGCGGCGCCAGCAGCGGGAACACGACGGCCGACGCCGGAGAGAAGUGGUGCGUCAAUGUCUCUGGGGACUGGAUCGGCGAGAUGGCCAAGAGCAUCGGAGUCGAGGUCGGCGAGUGGUUAGCGGGUGGAUUGGAUUGA